AUGAAGACGAAAAUUCUAAUUUUUCUAACACUUAUCUCACUAUCAGUGGGUGAGUCCUCUUUGAAAACGCGAUUCAAGAAGUGUUGUCCACCUGAUGAGAUUUUCUCGGGUCUGACGAAGGUGGGAUGCGUCCCGGUACCCCAAUUCGCUAUGGAACUGUACAGGAUUAAUCACGGUGAUCAGAAUGUCAGCUCGAAUGCGUCUGAAAGUAAAUUUCAAUUUCCGAUCUGCGAGAAUCCGGAAGACAUCGCUACGACACCGGUUGCCGAGCUGAAAUCCACCGACUUCUUGCAGGGAUCAUCCUGUCUCGAAGUUCUACACGAACCCAAUUUACACCAAAGCGUACCGAUAAUUGUUCAUUGUCAAUCGGACAAAUACAGAGACGAAGAAAAUAAAGAACCAAUUUUGUCAUUACCGCGACUAUUGGACGUUAGAAGAUGCUGUCCAAGAAAUACAGUUUUCGAUGAAAGUAAUGGAAGUUGCGUAUCGAUAUUCAACGUCAUUUCUGAUGAAAACUUCUCGGAUACUAACGAAUUUCUAUCCAUGCUGCCGAAAGAAUUGGACAGCGUGGACUUCUUGAAUGUGAGCAGAAUCUCGCGAAAAUGUCAGGGAGCGACGUUCACUUACGUCAUCAACCCCGAGGAUCUCGUUUACGUGAACGGAAUCUUACAGGUAACGGUGACGUCCUCGGCGAGGAACAUCGAAAGAUUGAGCAUCAACAGCGAGAACGCUUGUUUGGAGCUGACGCCGGAUUUCCGGAAGACACGUCGCAUGGUGGUUCGUGUUUGCAGGAGUUCGGAUCUUUGCCAGGAUAACGUCUGCGUAAGGAAAUGUUGUAACACAAAAUCGUGCCUCAAUGACGUACUGCCCGAUUCUCCGAGUUUCUUUCACGAAGCCGUCUCGAAACUUCUGAAAACAGACAGCGUUGCAGGAUAUGGUCUGAUGGUCGGACCAAAAUGCAAGUAUGGAAUGUUCAUGCUGACUGAAAACGAUACGUGGAACAUUACGCCAGAAGGAUAUAUUAGCUUCAAUCCUGAUUUCAAGCCGUGGUACCACGAUGAAUACUGUAUGGAAAUGUUUUACAAUAAUACAACAAUGAACAGUCUAACCAUGUUUGCUUGUUUCGAUACUCCAAUUAAGGAACCAAAUAGAGUACGAUUUAUAAUUUCGAACAUUUUGGAGGCAAUCAGUUGCGUGUUUCUGUUGUUGACGUUGUUGGUUUACGCUUGUCUACCAACGCUUCAGAAUCUACAUGGGAAAACUCUGAUGUGCCAUUCCGCGAGUCUUCUGGUGGCUUUUGCUUGUCUUUCCAUAAUACCUUGGGUGACACCACCGACAGAACAAUACGGAACUAUUGAAGAACUCUAUGCCACUAAAUAUUGCGCGAUACUUGCAUUCAUCAUGCUCUUCGCUUUCUGGUCUGCGUUUUGUUGGUUGAACGUCAUGUGCUUCGAUAUUUGGCGAACAUUUGGAAGGCUACGUGGAACAAUUAGCAGAGGUCAAUCUCAUAACAAACAAUUUCUGUUCUACUGUCUCUAUGCAUGGGGCUUAUCAAUGUUCAUAACAGUCUUCGGGGUUUUGAGCGACGAGAUUCAACUUCUGCCAAGACAUCUGAGCCCUAAUUUCGGUUCUAUAGCUUGCUGGUUCGAAAGUCAGCCCGGGAUGUACGGUGAUCUGAUUUUCUUCCGGGGACCAAUCGCAAUUCAGCUGACAUCGAACGUGGUGUUCUUCAUUCUCACGUCAGAGCGGUGUAGCAAAGUGAAAGCAGAGAUAAGAAGGGUUGCCGACCCAUCGGAUCCCAGGAGCAAACGAUUUCACGCUGACAAAACUAAGUUCAUCAUGAACGUGAAACUGUUUAUCGUCAUGGGAAUAUCUUGGAUCGCAGAGAUAAUUUCUUCCUUUGUAAAUCAAUAUACUAAUUACACCUGGCAGGAGCAAGUAUUCUACGCGACCGACGCGUUGAACUGUCUCCAGGGUGUCUUGAUAUUCCUACUGUUCGUGAUGAAGAAGAGGGUUUAUCAUGCAUUGAUGAAGCGACUGGGCUUCGAAAAGAGGAAAGGCUUGAGCCAAGGAACCUCGACGUUACAAGACCCACUAAGAGUGAAAAUGAGUGCAAGUAACAGCACGCUAACGUCUAGUUUCGGUGUUAGUUUAGCACCUUGAUCAGUGAAAAUCAAAUAUUAAUUGUGUUACCACACUGUUCAUGCUUAUCGCAUUGGGUAUGAAAUAUCAUACAGAUUUGUCACCCAAUGUUUAUCCUACAUAAAGAGUUAAAUAUUGUAGAAAAAAUAUACGAUUUUCUACGAUUUUAACUUGCCACAAAACUCUUUUGUGAAGUAAGGAAAUAUAUUUUUUUUACUAUUUGA